UGACAAUCGCUCCCCUCGCCGACGCCGACCCCACUCAGCCUCGCCGACGCCGCCACCUCCUCGCCCGCUGCCACGCGGUAGCUGGCUCUCCGCCACCGCCCCACCCCGCCUUCCACCUCGCCCCACGCCGCCGUCUCCUCGCCCCUCGGCCGUAAGGCCACGCCGCUGUCCCCUGCCAUCGCGGCAGGCAAACAGAUGGCUAGUCGCUACCUGUUGAGCGCAUGGCGUGAAGCAAGAUGUGGCCACUUAUGAAUGAUUUUCGGUGCUAAUAAGUUAAGCCAUCUUGAAUUUGAAAGAAUCUGCCUAUGAAGACCAAGAAAACAGUGAAAGGAUCAUCUUGCAAGAAGGGGAAAUUGUUUGAAGGUCUAAUUAGUAAACAUGCUUCAGAAAUGGAUCCAUGUUACAAACUUUUCCUGGAAAAUUUGAGAGAAGAUGGGAAUUCCUAUGUCCUUGAUGUGCCAAACGGGGACCAUGGUAUGCCUGUUUCUUUACUGUAUGAGGAGGAUGAUACGUCCUAUGGGAACACAAAGGCCAAUGGCCCAAAUUUCCCCAAUGGUUCGCUGUAUAGAAGUCAGGGUGUUCCAAAUGGCAAACAACCUGAGGUAAAAGCAGUUAAUGCCAGUGGAAGUGUGGAUCACUCCUUUUCACCAAAGAGAUCAUAUGUGAAGCAGAAGAAGACCCCAUCAGCAGAUGAAUCUUAUGAGUUAUUUCUGAGCCUUGUGAAAUUCAAGGAUGGUUUCAUGGUUAUUGAGCCAGAACCAGGUGUGACCAUUGUAUACGAGCGAGAAGAAGACAUGCCUGCUGGAUAUGAUGAAUUGAGAACUGGCAGUUCCACCAAUGAACCGGAGCCUUUGAUGUCUCCACUUGAAAACAUGGAGGAAGACUACACUAUGUAUGGAUGUGAAUAUGGGCUUACCCAGGCUAAUAAAAUUGCAUCUGAGCAUGAAAUGGAUGGACCGUCUUCAGAGAACAUUGAUGAUCAGGAUGUUAUCUGCACAGAUGAGCGUGGACUUGUAGUUUACACUGAACCUUUGGAUUCAAAUGCAUGUGAAGAUGAACAAGCAGCACCUCUUACUAUUAGCUGCAGUGGAUCCUCUACAUUUGAUGGAAAACUCAACGCUGUUUUAAGUCAGCCAUAUGAUCAAAAGGAAUAUGAAGAGCUUUGGAGAAAAGCCACUGACCGGAAACCUGUGAGCAGACAAAGACACUUGCGAAGUGCAUCAAAGCGCUAUGUUACAGGAGCAAUUGGGCUGUCAUAUCUCGAUCAUUACCCAGAUCUAGCCGUACAAAUAAAUUCCGCUGACUGUGAUGAGAGACUGAUCCUACUGAGAAAAUUCUUCUUCUGGUUGGAGAACUUAUGCCAUGAGGGAGCCUACAUGCCAUGGAUCUCCAAGCCACUAGCCUGCAAUCCCAUUUCACCAGACGAGUAUGAGCCGACGCCCACUCUUGAGACGUGCGAGGAUGAUCUGUAGGGCAGUUGGUUGAGCUUGGUGGUCUCCUCGCAUCUCUCCGCUACGUGACUGAUCCUUGUUCCGAUGCACAAGGCUCCUCACCUACCAUGUGCUCAUAAUUGUUGUGGCACCACCUAAAACCAGAAACUGUAUUGGCCCACUGGGACAUUGAUGCGCCCGCCGUAGGUUUAGCUUUCGUUGUGCAGCUCCAGGUAGCAUGACUGCAAUUCUAGUUCUGGAUUCAGACUAAACCGAGCUUGCAAUCUUCAGUGUCUAUCGCAGUAGUGCUGCACUGCUGCUGCUCCGAGGUUUCUUGGCCCCCAAAGCAGAAAGCACCAUGUGUGUGGUCUGUGGUCUGUGGUGAAUGUUUCACUCGACGUCACUAAUCAA